AUGUCUCACACUUCCCUCCAUCGCCAUAGCUCACUCCCUCUCAUCGCCCUCGCGCACUCCCCUCCCGUCGCCUUCGCGCACUUCCCUCCCGUUGCCUUCGCGCACACCCUUCCCGUCGCCUUCGCGCACUCCCCUCCCGUCACCUUCGCACACUCCCCUCCAAAGAGGAUGAUCACUCCCUCCCGUCGCCCACGCUUCCUUCCUGACGCACGAUCACGCUCCCUCCCCUCCCGUUGCCUUCGCGCGACGCAUCUUUCGCCCCUCCUCACUCUCUUCCGUCGCCCACGCUCACUCCCUCCCGUCGCCCACGCUCACUCCCCUCCCGUCGCCCACGCUCACUCCCCUCCCGUCGCCCACACUCACUCCCCUCCCGUCGCCCACGCUCACUCCCCUUACGUCAUAACGGGGACUCCCCGCGCCUUGCAACUCUCCUUCCUCCUGCUACGCCACACCCCACACUCUCGUCUCCCCAUCCCUCAUCUCCCCUUCCCUCGUCUCCCCAUCCCUCAUCUCCCCUUCCCUCGUCUCCCCAUCCCUCAUCUCCCCUUCCCUCGUCUCCCCAUCCCUCAUCUCCCCUUCCCUCAUCUCUCCAUCCCUCGUCUCCCCAUCCCUCACCUCCCCAUGCCUCACCUCCUCAUCGCUCAUCUCCCCAUCCCUCAUCUCCGCAUCCCUCAUCUCCCCAUCCCGCAUAUCCCCAUCCCUCAUCUCCCCUUCCCUCACCUCCCCGUCCCUCAUCUCCCCAUCCCGCAUCUCCCCAUCCCUCAUCUCCCCAUCCCUCACCUCCCCAUCUCUCACCUCCCCAUCCCUCAUCUCCCCAUGCCUCACCCCAUCUCCGCCGCACCCCGUGGCAUCGUCACACGUCGCCAUUUCCCACCUCUUCCUACUUCCCAUCCCCCUCUUCCGCCCUUCCUCCCCCCUUCUCUCAAUCCCUUCCUCUCGCCCUGCCAUCCUACUUCCCAUCCCCCUUUCCUCGUUUCCGCAGACCUCCUUUCCCCAUCCCGUCAUUCACUCUCCCUCCGUUCCCCAUCCUUCCAUUCCCCAUGCCUACUUUCACCAUUCCACCAUACCCCAUUCACCAUACUCCUACCCCCAUCUCCUCCUCACCCCAUCUCCUCCUAUACACAUCCGCUUCUUUCCCCUUCCCUCGUCACCGCGUCCCCUCCUCUCCCCAUCCCCUCCUCUCACCAUCUCUUCUCCCCACCCCCUUCCGUCCUCUCCCCAUCCGCCCAUCCCACCUCACCACUUCCCUCCUCUUCCCAUCCAUCCUCUCCCCAUCCCUCCCCAUCCGUCCUUUCCCCAUCCGAUCCUCUCACCCUCCCCUCCAGGUUUUUCCCACACCGCCCUCGGCCCAGCGGCACCUAUUCAUCCCUUGUGCUUUUCUGCACCAGGGAGCUGCUUGGGGCGUUGUGGGUGGAUGGCGGUGGGCAGAGUCACACAGCAUAG